AUGCCAUACGGAGAUGCAAACAAUGAUGCAGAGAAGAAGAAGAGGAUCGCCGUUAUUAGUGCAUCUUCCUUGAUCCUGGUGGCCAUGGUUGUGGCCGUGGCGGUUGGCGUCAAUCACAACACUUCUGACGCCAGUGGCGAUGGGGAGAGUGUGAGCAAAGAUUCGGGUGGUGACAUACAGUCAUCGAUGAAGGCAAUCAAGGCCAUAUGUCAACCCACUGAUUACAAAGAAACAUGCGUUCAGAGUCUGUCGUCGGCGGCCGGAAAUACUACUGACCCCAAGGAACUCGUCAGGGUCGGAUUCCAGGUGGCCAUGAAGCAUAUACGCGAGGCCCUCAGUCAGUCGGAGACGCUGAAAGAAGUGGAGAAGGACCCAAGAGCAAAGCAGGCACUUCUGUCAUGCCAAGAGUUAAUGGACUAUGCCAUUGAUGACCUAAAGAACUCGUUCGAUAAGCUGGGUGCCUUUGACAUCUCCAAGGUUGAUAACAUACUCGCCGAUCUAAAGGUUUGGCUUACUUCUGUGAAUACCUACCAGGUAACAUGCACGGAUGGGUUUGAAAACACGACUGGAGAUGCUGGGGAGCGCAUGAAGAAAGCACUAAAGACAUCCGGGGAGCUCACCGAAAAUGCCCUCGCCAUGGUAGAUGAGAUCUCCUCCAUCCUUAACCAGUUGCAGAUCCCCGCAUUGAAUCGUCGUCGGCUUUUUUCUACCAAGGAAUCAGCAGAAUCAUCAGAAACUCCCACUACCGCCGAAGAUGACAUCCCGGCGUGGAUCCCGAAUGAGCAUCGCAAGCUCCUCUUCACCGGUCCUCUGGAUGCCCUCAAGCCCGACCUCGUCGUCGCUAAAGAUGGAACUGGAAAUUUCGCCACCAUCCUUGAAGCACUUGAGUCUCUACCCAAGACCAAGGAAAACAAGACCAUCAUCAUGUACAUCAAGGAGGGAGUCUAUUCUGAGAUCGUGGAAAUCAGCAGGAACCUAACCGGCAGCUUUAUUAUGUACGGAGACGGUCCUACGAGGACCAAAAUCACCGGGAGCCUCAACUUCAUUGAUGGAACUCCCACAUUCAAGACUGCAACAGUUUCUGUGAAUGCACAUGGGUUCAUUUGCAAGGACAUCGGAAUUGAGAACGCCGCCGGUGCUGAAAAGCAUCAGGCGGUGGCUCUGAAAGUCGUCGCCGACAUGGUUGUGUUCUUCAACUGCCAGAUGGAUGGAUACCAAGACACCCUGUAUGCUCACUCCGGCCGUCACUUCUUCCGCGAUUGCACCAUCAGCGGCACAAUAGACUACAUCUUCGGGAACGGAGAGAGCAUUUUCCAGAACUGUAAGAUGGUGAUAAGGAAGCCAAUGGUGAACCAGGCCAACAUUGUGACUGCCCAAGGUCGGAAAACCGAGCGCGAGGUGUCUGCAAUCGUGCUGCAGGGUUGCACCAUCAGCGCCGAUCCAUCGCUGGUGCCUGAGAAGAACGUAUUCAAAUCAUACCUGGGUCGCCCAUGGAAGGAGUUCUCCAGAACCAUAAUCAUGGAGACCGAUAUCGAUGAUUCCAUCAGUCCAGAUGGGUGGAUGCCAUGGAUGGGUGACUUUGGCCUCCAAACUUGCUACUAUGCCGAAUUCAACAACAGAGGUCCAGGAGCUGUGCUGACCAACAGAGUGAAGUGGCCUGGAAUCAAGACACCACUCACCCCGGAACAGGCUCAGGAGUACACUGCCGCCCCAUACAUCCAAGCUGAUGAUUGGGUGAAGCCUCUGGGAAUUCCAUAUGUUCCAGGCCUCAUGUCCGGUCCCGCGGCCGCGGCCGCCCUUCCCACUCCCGCGGCCUCCACUCCCGCGGCCUCCGCCACUCCUGCAGCGACCUCCACUCCCGCGGCCUCCCCACCCGAGGCCUAG